GGCUUAUCUUAUCCAAUCUAAAAAUGAAUUGUUAUAGACCAAAAUAGAAUUAAACUGGCUUUUUGUAAAUAAAGUUACAUAACACUACAACAGUGUAUUCGGUUUUGGCUAUUCGUUUCAGGACUUACGGAUUAACCGCCAUUUGUCAGUCGCCUCAGUUCCAGGUUACGUUUUUCCGACAAUUCAAUGUAUUAUAUUAUUAUUUACUUAUAUUAGUGAUUAAUAAUAUUAUGGGUACUUAAUACUUAUUCGAAAAUUCGGUAUUGCCCCGUUAUUUUCCUGUAAGUUGUAUAAUAUUAUUAGUGUUGUGUAUCUACUUGAUUAACCGCCAAUAGUUACAACUUGUAUAAUCUAGGUUCUGCCGUUCCUAAACUGUAAAUUUAGUAACUGCAUUUUUCAUCGCAUUUUGAUAAACUAGUUUUGAGCUGACUAUUGUGUAUACAGUCGUAAAUAGUGAACCUAACCAUAUUAGUUAUUUUGGUAAUGGUCAGGAAACAUGAGAAGCCUUUAGAGCAGGUCAUUAAUCGUUACAGGGAGUUUUUAAGAUUCAAUGAUCCAGCUGUUGAUACAGAUCAAAGUAAAAUUGUUAAAAUAGUUUCAUAUAUUUUUAUUGAAAAGUAUAAAAAUCAUAAUGAAUACAUAUUCAGUUGUGGAAUUUAUUGAUGACUGUACAAUUGAAGCUGUACCAACCAAUUAGAUAAAAAAUGGUAUGUGUGCAUGGCCUACUACAAGAAAAGAUUCUACUCUUAGAAAGCUGAUGGUAAGAAAAAGUCUUCCAAAUGACAUUGAGUAUAAUCAAUACAAAAUUAUAGUACAAACAACUAAUUCAUUAAUAAAAGCAAGAGAAAUGACUAAAGAAGGACUUACAAAAACUGAUAUAUCAUCUGCUGAAGAUUAUGAUUUAAAACAUAAACGUAAAUGCAAACAAAAGACAAUACUUCCAAUUACUAUGGAAUCAUUAUUAUGUCCUACUUAUUCAGCGUCUGAAGAUGAAUCCAAUGACAAUUGUAAUGAUGAUAUUAUUGUUACUGCAUUUCAAGUCACUGAGCCAUGAGUAAAUGGUUGGUCACCUUCUCCGAAAAAAAUAAAAAGUUUUCAAACUACACAGACUCUAGUAAAAAUAAAUAUUUAUAUUCAAAGCCCUCAGUUUCCAGACAACUUUCAUAUGCUAGCACUGACAAGUAAAAAAAAAUUAUGUCAAAACCUUUAACAAAUGAUAAAACAGAUAUUGAUGAUAAUAUAUCAUUUAGAAGUGACGAUUCCAUAACAGCUCUACCAUCUGAAUCACAGUCAGUUUCUUAUUAUACAGAUCAUGAUUUUCAAAAAGAGGAGCUGUAUAGAUUGGCUUAUGUAAAACAUGAACUUAAAAGACUUGUCAAUAAUCAAAUAGACAUUGCACAAAGAAUUGAAUUAAUUGAAACACGUCUUGAAGUUAAUACCAUUUCAAAUACAAGUAGCAACUGUAAUAAUACAUCAUCAUUAAAUGAAAUAAGUGAUUGCAUUUUACCAUUGGAUAACACAACACACCUUGAUACAUUCAAUGACAAAAUAUCUGGAGAUAGAGCCUUUCAAAUUAAUUUGACUAAUCAACUGAGUUAUAUUGGUGGAAAACAUUUCAAAUCAAUAAUCAAAAGAAUUAUGAACAAGCUAUUCUCAGAUGAGUUAUUACAAUACUUUUCAUAUUCUGGAAAAUCUGGAAAGAAGUUAAAAUUUUCAAAUUUAGCUGUUUGUUCUGUAAUUUCAGAUGUUGUUAAACAACAAUCCAAGUAUAAAAAUAAAGUUUCUGAAAAUGGAAUGGAAGAAGUGAUUAAAAAUUUCCUAGCUCAAGCACCUUUUAAUAUAAAAAGGAAAACACAAAAAUUAUAACCUACCAUUUGUAACAAUUGCAAUAUUAUAAUAUUAUUAUAUUUAAUAUUUUUAUUAUUUUAUUAUUUAAUCAAAUAUGAUAUUAAGUUUAUUAUAUAUCAACAACAGCUGCAAUGUAAAAAUGUUAAAUAUUACAUGUUGUAAUAAUUAUAAUAAAUAUAACAAUAACUUUUCAAAUCUUA